AUGGGAUUUGAAUUGCAAACAGGUCAUGUUUGUAUUGAAAAAAAAUUAAAAUCAUAUCGCACACCGUCGGUUAAAGUUGAGUGCAUCGCGCGGAGCCAAAGAAAUCAAAAGGUCAUUAAAAUCAAAUUGACAUUAUUUAGGAAUCAACCCCAAUUCAACUGCAAAGAGAGCAAGAAGCUACCAUUUAAUGACUUUGAACUGUUCUCAUGA